UUUCCAACUGAAACUUUCCAGUAAGAUAUGGUUCGGAGAGUCGAUUUACAAAAAGCUAUCAGAAAACAGAAACAUAUUAAGUUUGCAAUUGCUUUACUUGUGUUAUUUUUUAUAUAGGUCAGUGGGUUUCAUAUCGACAUUUUAAUAUCGGCAAGUAGGAGAAGGAAUCUUUGAAUUCGCGGGAUAUUUGUAUUUGUAUGGCUCUGGAAGUCCACAGGCUAGUUUCGGGCAGCUUUUGUUGUUUAGCGAUUUAAUGUGACAAAUGAAUGAGAACUUCGAGAAUAUUUUUCUGAACUCAUGGAUGACUGAUAAAGCGUUUUUUUGAGCGAGAGUGAAAUUAAUUACGCCGCGGCUUCUGUCUUUACUCUGCGUGAACUACUCAGGUAGACGAGUCCCUGACGUCCAUUAUUACUGAACGGGCGCAAGAAAGUCUAAACAGUUCCAGUUUAAGCUCCAGCGCCGGGGAUGUUUUAGUGAGAUCAACUAGCGUUCAGGCUAGCAAUCGCAGCUGCGGAAAGCGGGACAAGAGCGUUAUGUCCAACGGACUGAGCUGCGGGGAAAGUGUUAAAAUCACCGUGAAGAAGCUCCGCGAAACUCUGUCGCCUCCCUCCACCGAUGAGGCGAGGAAGCAUGACAAGGGGACACCGGUGCAGGCGUUCAUUCCUCCCGCAUUACCAGCUAACAAGCCCGCUGCAUCAAAUACCGGGAGUAGGAGGGAUUCAACAGAUGACAGGGGUACCUGUGGACAGAGCGCAGCUGCUCUGCUGAGGCCGCGGGCAGCUGGACACAGCCAGGAGCAGCAGACACGCCGCUCGAGGUCUUGUAAAGACGGAAGGAAACUGAAUGUCUCUACUGGUCCACCAGAGGGCAGUAGAAACAAAGGACAUGACAUAGUGAUAUCCCAGUACUCUGUCGGUGGAAAAGAAGCUGUCAGGGCUGUCUUCAAAGAAAGGUGUCGGAGCGCUCCGGUUCGGAAGGCGGUGAAGGUGCAGCUGCUGGAGCCACAGGAGCCCCCCCCGGCCGGGCCCCCGCCCCCCCAGCCCUGCACAGCCGACACGGUCGCCGUGGUGACCGCCGCUGCCAUUGCCGCUACCGCACCCCUGCUGAAGGCCCAGCAUGACUUGGACACCAAGAUCUCCUCCGUGUCGGAGCUCCUGAAGAAGCUCCAGCAUGUCGAGAGGCAGCCCUGCCAGGAGGAGAGGGUGGCAGAGCUGGAGAAACAGCUGGCAGCUCUCACCCACCAGCGGCUUCAGCACCUGGAGCAGAUACAGCAGCAGCAGCUGGAGCUGCAGACGCGUCUGCUGGGCGGUGCUUUGAGUGCUGUGAGUGGGAGCUCGGCCCCAGCGCCCCCAGUGUCUUCUCACCUUGCUGCCCCUGCACAGCCCGGCCUGCAGCGGUUGCCAGGCAACGCCAGCCGUGAUGAGUCACCCGCUGGAGCUCCGGCUUCCACCUCCACUGCAGCAGCAGGCUGCCCUCCCCCCCGAGUCCCCGCUGCAGAGACGUCCCCUCUGGAGACCCCAGCUCCGCGCAGGUUUGUGCCUGUGCCGAUGUCGAGAGACGCCGCAGCUCGGCGCAGCCAGGAGAAGCCUGCGGUGGAGAAAAGCAAAGUGGCUUCAGGCAGGCUCGGAAGUGGGAGGCUUUUGGAGGAGAUACUGAAUACCCAGGGAUUACAAUCUGCACGGGGAAGGAGUGUUACCAUGGCAACAGGAGGCAGCUAUACAGAGAGAAACAGCUGUUCGAGAAAGGCCGAAGAGGCAGCCAGCGCUGCUGUAAAGAAAGCCAGCGAUGUGCUGCGUGACCUUGGCCAGCUCAAGACGGAGAUGCAGAGCCUGCUGCAGGAAGGGAAAGAGUGGCGAUCUAACCUAGAACAGCAGUCCAAGGUUCCUGAAGUGUUUCCCCUGGAGUGGAGCCGACAGGCCAGGCCGAACCGCGGCCCAGCCGCCAGCGAUCCGCCACCGCCGCCGCCGCCUCCCCCGCCCGCCCCGCUGGAAGGUUCGCUUCAUCCCUUAAAGUCAGCAUCCCUACCCCAGUCAUCUGACCCCAUGGUCCUUCAAAAAACCAAGGCUCCAAAAUCCAUGUUUGAAGAUGCUGAAAAGGUAUUGCGACAAGUUAAGCAGCACAAGAAAGUCCUGGAAGAGAACCUGGAGGCCAUUUUACGAGCAAAUGAUGGAGCUGUGCUGCACUCUCAGAUUGAGGCUUUGUCCUCCAACAGGGAUGCCUCCGGAGAGAUAAGAAUCAAAAAGACAGUGGAUGAAUGGAUUGGCACCAUCAGCAAGGACAUUCAGGCUGAAAUUGCAAGAAAGGACUUUGUUUCUCAAAUGAAAGGAAAAGACAAAGAAGCUGCUACUGUCUCAUCGCAGAAAGGUCAAGGUGCCAAGGGCAUACGACAGCAGAGAGAUGUGAAAAAUGCUGCUCAAAGCAAGCUAAUAACAGCAGCAAGAAAACCUCUGAACACUUCGAAGCCAUUCCGAAAGGCAGCUGAAGGACAUCUUGAAAAGCCCAAUGUGCAAAGCAAGUCCUUCUCACACUUUCUGCAGAAGAAAGAACCUAUAUUAAAGGGUCAAGAGCUAGAAGAUGAAGAGUAUCUACAGAGGGUUUAUGGGAGGGCUGUGUACCAGGGCCACCGCAGCACUCUGAAAAGAGCUCCUUAUCUCAGGAUCAACUCUCCUUCUCCAAAGUCCAAGCCCCAGCGGCCAAGGGUGGUGGAGAGUGUCAAAGGGAUCAAGGUGAAAUCUGCAAGAACACAAACUGGGCUUUUCCCUCCGAAGAAGACAGACAGCAGACCCGCAGGACAGCCCUUCUCUCAUGAGCUUGACUAUGUGUUCAGCCCUUCCAGAGAUGUGCCCAGCACAGGAAUCAGGUCAGCCCCACUGGAAGGGCUCCUCAUCCCGGUGGCCAUCCCUCUGGGUGUUCCUCGGCUGGAUGGAGCAGCUCCUCAACCCUCAAGUGUGACCACAGUCCAAAAGCAGCCCGUCACCGUGACCACCUCCGUCCCCCCCUGCCCCCCCAAGCCCCCCGCAGGGGCCCGCAAACCCAACGUCGCCUUGCUGGAGAUGAGGUCUGAAAAGAAAGACCCACCCACCCUGACCGUGCAGGUUUUGCCAAGUGUGGACAUCAACAGUGUUUCCAGUGAAAGCCCUGCUCCAUCUCCUCCUCUAGCACAACCUAAUAUUCAGACUGUGGAACAAGCCCAAACACAGGAAGAAGACAGUAAUGAGUUCCCUGGAACAGAUUAUGUUGCUGUCACUGACAUAGCCCAGGACUCAGAGGAGGAAGAUGGACUCUCUGAGGCGGCGAUCGAAAUAAACGGCCAGGUGGGGCCUGCCCUCGCCCCCUACCACGGCCCUUCCUUCCCACCCUCUGCUCCGGAGCCGCGGCCCACCAUCGAUGCCGUGGAAGUCCGAAUCCAGCAGAGAGAGACCCUGGAGAACAGGCUGGUCGACUGGGUGGAGCAGCAGCUGAUGGCGCGCGUGAUAGCCGAGCUGUACCCCCCUCGGGUCCAGGCUGCAGAGGACAGCGGCGCAUCGGAGCUGGAGGACAGCGGAGCCUCCACCUCUGACAUUGUUGAGGCAGCGGGCGGCGGAGGUGUGCAGCUGUUCGUGGAGGCUGGGGUGCCCGUGGACUCGGAGCUGAUUCGCCAGUACGUGAACGAUGCGCUGGCAGAAACCAUAGCCAUCAUGCUGGGCCAGAGAGAAGGGCAGAGGCCAGCCUCUCCCCCCGCGGCUCUGGAAGUGCCAGCUCCUCCAAAGGAGCCUGUCGUGCCAACACCAGUGCCCACACCUCAGCUCAGCCCCCACCCCAGCCCGCCCCCCUCGGGCCGAGCGCCGUCCCCCGUGCGCACCCCCGACGUGUCCGAGCGGGAGUCGGCAGCGGAGUUCUCAGAGGCCGAGCUCGAACCUUCAGCCCCAGUACACACCGAACCCGAGGAGGAGCACAAAAGCCCGGUGAUAACACCAGCCGCCACGCCAAUCCCCUCUCCCCACCCUGUGGCCACACCCUCUCCUCCGGAACCCGAGAGGAACCCCAGCCCAGAGCCAGCGAGGCCACUCCCCAGCUCCUGGGAAGACGCACAGCUCCCCCUAGAGGAGGAGGACCCCAGGCCUGACAGGGAGGAGCAGCAGUCCCAAAGAGCAGUGGUGAUGUCGGUGGCCCAGGAGGAGGAAACGGUGUCGCUGGUCACUCCUUCCCCACCUGUGGCUCCUCAAGCCCCGACCCCAACCCCGCCCCCUCCCUUGCAAGCCCCACCCACUGCUACUGAGACCCCACCUCCGCCCACCCCGUCCACCGAGGACAGCAGCUCUACCGCGUCAGUCACUGAGACGGACACGGCCGGCAGGAACAUCUCCGAAGGGGAGCUGCUCUUCAGCUACGGGCAGUUGGCUGCAGCCAGAGCUCUGGCAGAAGGAGGUUUGACUCUCCCAAACCUCAGCGCCAGCUUGUCCAGUUCACUGCAUGGAUUUCAGGACAUGGACUACGAUCCCCCUAGCGAGGGGCAGGUCAUAAGGAGGCCAGAUAUCCAGCAUCACCGGGACCCAGUCCUGUCCUUGCUGGCGAGGAUGAACCAGGGCCUCACCGCUCUGCAGGAAGGACAUGUCCACCCACAGAUCCACUCUGAUGACGACAGCAGCAUGGGGGAGGUGAGUGAGGGCCAGAGGCCCAGGCUGCCAGCUGCCGGGGAGACUCUCCUGACUGGACACUCACUCCUGCUGGAUCAGAGCAGCCUGAAUGCUGAGACAGUGCCUGAGCAAGAGGACAGGUCCCUCUCACCUGGCCAGCAGAAUCACGAGCCAGGUGUCGCUCUGAGAGAUUCCCAGGACACUUAUGGCCCCAUGAGCCUCAGGGAUCUGGAUGAGCAGCCAGUGCCUCUUCCUCGUACGCGGCCAGUCGCCGUCAGACCAUCACAGCCCGUGGACAUCCGCGGUGCACCACAGGCUACUGAAAUACCAAGAGCUGAGCAAGGACCACCUCCAAUUCUAGUGAGACAGUACAGUCACAGCACUGAGGACGAAGCAGAAAGAGGGGAUCACUACGAUGAUGACCACCUCACUGUAGAUCCCAGUGAUUAUUUCAAGACUGGAUUUCAAGGAAUGGACGCUGGGCCUUGCUCCCUGCCUCAGCUCGCGCCUGUGGAGGAGGAGCCAUCUGCCAGCCUGAGCGCCGAGGAGGGGGACGCAGACUCAUCAGGGACAGAUGUGUUUUAACACCCCGAGCUGCAGUUUCUCCCCUCGGGACUGUCUGUUGCACUUUGUUUUCUGACAUUACUGAUGAAAUUAUACAGGGUUUUACACCUCCUGUAUUCCACUCAUGUACUGUCUUUCUUAUUUGUUUUGUGUUGCCUUUUGUUUUACAAUUGCAGUGGUGUGUUUGAAGCAAAUCAAUGAAUGUGAUUUCAUUCUGUUUAAAGAAUUUGUCCUGAACCAAUCAUUACAGAUAAAUAUGGACAUAUGAGUUACCAUUUUAUUGACGAUAUUUUUAUAAAGAAUAGCUGGAGCUUCAAAUUGAUUGUUGAAGUUCAUAUUUAUUCAUGUUGAGAAUUCUGCAAGUUUGUAUGAAAAGUGUCUUAAAAGUUUAUACAUU